AGGGAUGCGUCAAUAAACUCUAACUUAAGUUAAACAAAGUUGAAUGACUAACAGAAACUUAAUAUUCAUCUUAUUUCUAAGUGUGUGAACCAGGAGGUGGAAGAAAUGCUGGGCUUUUUGAGUGCGCACCUGGAGCCGAUGGUGUUUUGCGCACAGAUGGCGAGCGCAUUUUUCGACACGGGGCUGCAGAUGCUUGUAAAGCAGAGGUGCGAGGAUGAGAACGGGACAAUCCCUGAGGAGCAGACCGAGGAGAAGAUGACCAUCGCGGAUUUUUACAUGGUUUUUAACAUGCUGGUUAAAUUAAUGCCUAUAAUUCCAGCAAUCGUGUUGGGAAGGAUUGGUGAUAAGGGCUACCGAAUGGUGCCGAUUGUUAUACCACUGAUAGGCUAUGCUUUAUCUCGGGUUCUUCUCAUAUUAACCAUAGCUCUCGAUUGGCCAUUAAAGGUGAUGUAUGCAGCACCAGUAUUGCAUGGUCUCUGCGGCGGAUUUUCAUCCUACUGGGCCGGAGUUAUGGCUCUCAUAUCGGUAAACACAGACCAGCAGGACAGGUCACUGCGCAUUAUGCGCAUUGAAUUGGUAUAUGGGAUUGCUGGUUUUCUAGGCAGCCUGGCAUCAGGUCACCUGUUUAAUCUCUACACGGUUGAACUCAAGCAAGGAGUCGUGAUGUCCAUCCUCAGUGUGGUGCUCUACCUGCUCUGUCUUAUUUACGCCUUUUUUGUUUUAAAAAUGAAUGAGCAGGAUAGGAAUGAAAGCAGUGAGAUAUUUAGCGUGGAUAACCGUGACAUUAUUAACGUAGCCCUGCUGUUUGUUGGUGGGAUCUUGUAUGAUGUAGCUGUAGCAGGUGGAGUGGAGAUACUAAACGUGUAUGUGCUAGAGGAGCCCUUGCGCUGGGGCGCAGCUGAAGUGGGCUAUGGAAAUGCUGCUGGUUCGGUCAUCUUCAUCACCAGCUUUUUAGGAGUGCAGCUGUUUACAAGGUGCAGACUUAGUGAUGCCAGUAUGAUUAUGAUAGGCAUGCUGUCCUUCCUGUUCGGGAUCUACUUCAUGACAUUUGUCACAACCACCGCCAUGUACUUUUUAGCUCGUUCCCUUAUGUUGUUUGCCCUCAUUCCCAUGCCUAUCAUCCGCUCACUACUAUCCAAGCAGAUCAAUGGAACGUCAACUGGAAUGACCUUCACAUUGCUCCAGCUGGCCUUCCGACUGUCCGGUUUGGCCACAACACCCACCUACACCAAAAUCUACAAGUCCACCUUUAACACCUUGCCUGGGUUUGUCUUCACCCUAUCCAGCAUCAUCACUUAUUUUGCUGUUGUUCCUAUCAGUAUUGUAGGGUGUCGAACUGCAAGACAGGAAACCUACGAGAGAAUUUAAGUGAACUGAUCAUCGUAUCAUCAGAGGUGCUUUUUAUCAGUAGCAAUUUCACACAAUACUUGUUUACUAACACUUUGGCCUUUUGUAUUAUGUUACUAAAGAAUUUUAAGGUGGACUGUUAGUGGUAGUUACAUUUAUUUGGUCAAGGCAUUUAAUUUAAACUGUAAAUUUAAUUCUGUCUAAAUGAGAGUCAAUGCCUUCAAACACUGUGUUAACA